CGUCGUUGCCUCUGAGCGAGCAAGAUGGGUCACCAGCAGCUCUACUGGAGCCAUCCGAGAAAAUUCGGCCAGGGGUCGCGCUCUUGCCGCGUCUGCUCCAACCGGCACGGCCUGAUCCGGAAAUACGGCCUGAAUAUGUGCCGCCAGUGUUUCCGCCAGUACGCGAAGGACAUCGGCUUCAUCAAGUUGGACUAAGUGAACUUCUGGCGUUGGUCAUCAGAAACAUCUACCUGGCAGCUGGAACACAUGCAGAUCUUUGUACAUAAAAUAAAGUGACUUCAAUUA